GGGGGGAGCGAAGCGGCGGUGCUGUUGCUCCAACCUAGCCCAGCCCCCCACGACAAACCGGCCUGCCGCCGUUCGACAAGGGGAGGGAAGCGCGGUUGUUGCUAACUAUUGCUCCUGGUGUCUUUUUUUUGUACCUGCGUCGUAGCACGGAGCAGUGACUGGGCAUUCUCCUCGGGGCGCGCUGGGACUUUACUGCCGCGGAGAAUUAAGCGGUUAAGCAGGUUUCGCGGUAUUAGCGUCCGCUGACGGCGGUUGGCCACUGAGGUGUUGAGCCAGCUGCUAGCCGACGCUAGCUAACGGUAACUAGCCUGCUAACCGCACCGCCGGUGAGGACGAGCGCGUCCCUGCGCAACCACACUCGGGAUAAUCUCGGCCGAGUCGCUCCGUGGGACAUUCCAGUUGAUGCGAUAGAUGUGUAUCAGCGGGCUGAGGCCAGUGGUCGUGUUUGCAGCCGCCACCCAUGACUGGGACAGUCCAGCGGUUCUACGUAGCUGGUCCGUCGGCUGCUGCAUGUUUUUCAGAUAGCCACGGCACAGCGUCGGUGUGAUGCAGGCGCGAUGGUGGCGAGGUUGAUGGCGGUUGUGCGGUGGUAGCAGCGAAACAAGCAAGCGUUUGACAGAAGCAAGAAGAAGGAAACAGCUUUGUUUAUGUUAAUAGUAACUCUGGGGUGGAUGACGCUAGGACAACCCGGGCAGCCCCUCAACGCAUCCGAGCGGACGCUGAGGAUAUCGCGAACACAUCGAGGGGAUUAUUUUUGCCUCUAAGUGGAUUUCGGCCUCCUGUUCGGCAUCGUCGUGGGGACGUAAUAAGUGUUGACACUGAGCGAGCCUACUUUUAAAGAAGCACCCUCUCUUCCAGCGACCCCCCCCCUCAUAUCGCCCUCCGAUGCGGAGAUUUCAGUAGCACCGGCAACCAAAUCCCCCACGGCGGCCGGACAUGCUGAAGUGUAUCCCCCUGUGGCGCUGCAACCGCCACGUCGAGUCGGUGGACAAGCGGCAUUGCAACUUGCAGACAGUCCCCGAUGAGAUCUUCCGCUACACUCGCAGCCUGGAAGAGCUUCUUCUAGAUGCCAAUCAACUCAAAGAGCUACCAAAGCCGUUCUUUAGACUACUAAACCUACGGAAAUUGGGCCUGAGCGACAAUGAGAUCCAGAGACUCCCUCCUGAAGUGGCUAAUUUCAUGCAGCUUGUGGAACUGGACAUAUCCAGAAAUGACAUUCCUGAGAUCCCCGAGAGCAUUAAGUUUUGCAGGGCCUUGGAGAUUGCAGACUUUAGUGGAAACCCCCUGUCCAGAUUACCGGAUGGUUUCACUCAACUCCGAGCACUUGCUCACUUGGCCUUGAAUGACGUGUCACUACAGGCGCUGCCCAACGACAUUGGAAACCUGGCCAACCUGGUGACACUGGAGCUCAGGGAGAACCUGCUGAAGUGUCUGCCCACGUCACUCUCUUUCCUGGUGAAACUGGAACAGCUGGACCUUGGCAGCAAUGAACUGGAAGUUUUGCCGGACACUCUUGGUGCUCUCCCGAACCUCAGGGAGCUGUGGCUGGACCGUAACCAGUUGUCCUCAUUACCACCAGAGCUGGGGAACCUCCGGAGACUGGUGUGUUUGGAUGUGUCAGAGAAUCGUCUAGAGGAGCUUCCCUCAGAGCUAAACGGCCUCCUAGCUCUCACUGACCUGCUGCUCACACAAAACCUGCUGGAGGUCGUCCCAGAUAGCAUAGGUUGCCUGAAACAGCUCUCCAUCCUGAAAGUGGAUCAGAACAGACUGACCCAUCUGACUGAUUCAAUAGGAGAGUGUGAAAACCUCACAGAGCUUGUGUUGACAGAGAAUCUUUUGCAGUCACUUCCUCGCUCGCUGGGCAAGCUGAAGAAGCUGACCAACCUGAAUGUAGACCGCAACCGUUUGGGCAGCGUGCCCAAAGAGCUGGGCGGCUGCGCUAGCCUCAACGUUCUCUCAUUGAGGGAUAACCGCCUGGGCAAACUGCCUGUUGAGCUUGCAGAUGCCACUGAACUGCAUGUGCUGGAUGUGGCUGGUAACAGGUUACAAAACUUGCCUUUUUCCCUGACAAACCUCAAUCUGAAGGCCAUGUGGCUCGCAGAGAACCAGUCACAGCCAAUGCUCAAGUUCCAGACGGAGGACGAUGAACGGACAGGGGAGAAAGUGUUGACCUGCUAUUUACUGCCCCAGCAGCCUUCACCCAGCCUUGAGAACCUGUUACAGAACAGUGUGGAUGACAGCUGGACAGACAGUAACCUAAACCGGGUGUCAGUCAUUCAGUUCCAGGAGGAGACCAAGGCCGAGGAGGAGGAGGAUGAUGCUGCUGCAGAGCGCAGAGGUCUUCAGCGCAGAGCCACGCCCCACCCAAGUGAGCUGAAGGAAAUGAAGAAGGUGAUAGAAGAGAGAAGGAAUGAAGGUUACACAUCCAGACCAGAUGGAGAGGACUCCCCUGAUCCACAGGGGAAGCGUCUCAGUGACCUGUCCAAUCAGAGCCAUGACUCCCAGGACAGCACACUGUCAGCCACCUCCCACGAGGACAGGCAAAAUGUGACUUUCACAUUACCAAGGGAGGAAAUUGUGGAUGGUCGCUUUGCACAGGAGGUGGGGGAAGUGGAUGAGAUGGAGGUGGAGUACAUUGAGCCGAGUGUGCACUUCGCGGAGGAGCCCAUCAUUCGUGGUAUGGAUGACGAUGACGAUGAGAACGGAGAGGAUGGUGAGAGGAGUGAUGAGGACCACGAGAGGCCGGCUUUCCCCGCAGAGAAGCAGCGCCUAAUCAGAAAAGACACGCCACACUACAAGAAGCACUUCAAGAUCACCAAGCUGCCCAAGCCCGAGGCUGUAGCCGCGCUGCUACAGGGCUUCAGUCCGGACGGGCUCCACUCGCCGACUCAGGCUGCUGAGGACGAGCAGGACGAGGAAGAGGAUGAGGAACAGAGCUUAGGCACCCCACAGCACCAUCACAGGAUGGAUGAGCUGGAGGACAGCCGGCAGCAGGUCAACUCCAGUCAAGUGAAGGGGGUGUCAUUUGAUCAAGUCAAUAAUCUGCUGAUUGAACCUGCUCGAAUUGAGGAGGAAGAGUACACUCUGACCAUCCUGCGACAAACGGGCGGUCUGGGCAUCAGCAUUGCUGGAGGGAAGGGAUCGACCCCUUACAAGGGUGAUGACGAAGGAAUCUUCAUCUCCAGGGUUUCUGAAGAAGGUCCUGCAGCCAGAGCAGGAGUGAAAGUGGGAGACAAACUCCUUGAGGUGAAUGGAGUAGACCUCCAUGAAGCAGAACAUCACACAGCGGUGGAGGCUCUCCGCAGUUCUGGUGCUACAGUUUCCAUGACGGUGCUACGAGAGCGUAUGGUGGAGCCCGAGAACGCCAUCACCACCACACCACUGAGGCCUGAGGAUGACUAUUUCCCCCGGGAGAGGAGAAGCAGCGGUAUCGCCUUCAACAUGGAGACGAGUCCCAGCGGUCCUCGCCAGCGGUUCUCCACCUGCCUGGUUCGAAAUGAUAAGGGGCUGGGAUUCAGCAUCGCGGGGGGCAAAGGGUCCACACCAUACCGCACCGGAGACACGGGAAUCUACAUCUCUCGCAUCGCAGAGGGUGGAGCUGCACAUAGAGACAGCACACUGCGUGUGGGCGACAGGGUGAUCUCUAUCAAUGGUGUAGACAUGACAGAAGCCAGACAUGACCAGGCAGUAGCGCUGCUUACCGGCACCGCCCCCACCAUCGCCCUCCUAGUGGAGAGAGACCUGAAUCCACCAGGUGGCUCUCCAGGUCAGUCUCGGGCACGAGCCCAUUCCCCCCCCCCCCCCGAGCCCUCAGAAUCUCCAGACCAGGAGGAGACAGGCCUUCAUGGGAAUCACCUGAGCCGGAUGGAAGAUGAGUAUCCAAUCGAGGAAGUGACCCUGAUGAAGUCAGGUGGUCCUCUAGGCCUGAGCAUCGUAGGAGGUAGUGACCAUGCCAGUCACCCCUUCGGCAUCAAUGAACCUGGGGUUUUCAUCUCAAAGGUUAUUCCUAAUGGCCUGGCUUGUCAAAGUGGACUGCGUGUUGGCGACCGGAUAUUAGAGGUGAAUUCCAUUGACCUGCGUCAUGCCACACAUCAAGAAGCUGUACGAGCCCUGCUGGCCAACAAGCAGGAGAUUUGUAUGCUAGUGCGCAGGGACCCGUCGCCACCUGGGAUGCAGGAAAUUGCUAUCCACAAGCAGCCGGGUGAGAAGCUGGGCAUUAGCAUUCGUGGAGGAGCCAAAGGUCAUGCUGGAAACCCGUUUGACCCCACUGAUGAGGGUAUCUUCAUCUCUAAGGUGAGUUCAAGCGGAGCGGCAGCGAGAGAUGGACGCCUGCAGGUCGGAAUGCGGAUCCUGGAGGUGAACAACCACAGCCUCCUUGGAAUGACGCACACGGAGGCAGUGCGAGUGCUUCGCGCCGUUGGAGACUCUUUGGUGAUGCUGGUGUGUGAUGGCUUUGACCCGCACAAAGUAGCUGCUGUGGAGUCUUCUCCUGGAAUUAUUGCCAAUCCAUUUGCAACUGGAAUUGUACGCAAGAACAGUAUGGAGAGCAUCUCAUCGAUAGAUCGAGACCUGAGCCCAGAGGAGAUGGACAUCCUACAAAAGGAGUCGGAGAUGGUGAGAGAGACUUCGCAGUGGGAGCGAGAGGAGAUGGAAAAAGUGGAGCGAAUGCGCUUGGAGCGUGAGGAGGCAACUCGCCUGAUUGAAGAGGAGACUGAGAACAUUGGCCCUGGACCCCUUAAGCUUGACUACAAAACCCUGGCUGCUCUGCCGACCACCAGCCUGCAGAAGGUCAACAGGUUCUCCACUUCUAUUUCUCUGACUGCCCCCAUGGAGGCCCCCUUGCAGACCCAGUGUGGACCUCCGUUUGAGCCCCUGGGCUUCAGCUUAGGUCACACCACCGAACCCCUGAGCCACAUAGACCCAGAGUCCUGCCCCGGUGUGAACACAGAGCACGACUCUCUCCUUAGAUCCUCGUUCUCCCCUAAUGGGACUUGUCCCACUGACAGCGCUGGCUCAUCCACCACCAUUAGUUCAGCAGUUUUACCUGAAGAAGAGGAGUGCCUGGUGGACUCUCAGCCUAUCUGCUUCAAAGAGAACCCUUUCCUGGUGGCCAAUCGCAAAGGAAAAGGCCUCCCUGCCAGAGAGCAGAUCCUCUCAGGGCCUCCUGUGGGUUACGGGAGACAAGGCCAACUGCAGCCAUGGUUGUACAGCAAGACUCCAUCCUCUGACAUCACCAGGACUGACAGUCCAAUUAGAGAAGUGCCGUACUCUCCCACUAUUCAACCGCCCAUCCAUCACUCUUCAAACAGCUCCACAUGUUCAGGCAGGGAGACCCGCUUCGCAAACAUUCAUUAUACCUCCACCCCCACUGCCAAGGAAAACACUUCAUCAACGCGACCGGGUGCCAUCCAGCCAAUUGGGCGCGUUCGGCCGAGUACCUCUCCCGCCACUCCGGACAGCCACAGCCCCAACCCCUUCCAGCAUGGCCCCUCCCCUUUCAACACCCAGACCUCUCCUCGCGCCCCUUCCCCCACUUCGCCCGAUGAGUUCCCUAUGAAUGUCAAGCAGGCAUACAAGGCUUUUGCCGCUGUGCCUCGCUCGCUGGCAGUGUUGGAGCCGCCGCAGGACCUGUAUGGUGUGAGGAACAACUUCCACCCAAAGGCUUCUCCAGAGCCUGAGUUGAACAACGAGGUGUUUGAUGAUGACAUAGAUGGUCAGGAGAGAGCCGAUAAGGGUGUGACCAGCAAGGUCUCCCCCCGGCCCUCCCUCACAACUGACCGUCGGGACUAUAUGAGCCUGGCUGCAGUGCCUCGUCUCUCCAAGUUCUCAGCGGACCUGCAGAGUCCCUCUCCUGUUGCCAAGAACAGUCCAGAGCAGCGGUCUUUCAGGGACAGACAGAAGUAUUUCGAGAUUGACGUGAAGCAGCAGACACCCGAGAAACCCAAACCACGGGUUUCCCUUGUUGGAGAGGAUGACCUCAAGAAAAUGAGGGAGGAAGAAGAGAGGAAGUUUGAGCAGCGAGCUCGGGAGUAUCUAAUGGAUGAAGAAGAUGAAGAUGACGAGGAAGACCUCUCUAAGCAGGUGGCCCAGAUGAAGGCCACAGGCAAGGUGCUACUGGACGGAGUGGAGUAUAAUGUGGAGCCAGUAUCUACCCCAUCACAACACUACUCCACACCACCCAGCUACUGUGGCAGCUCAGGACCCUCCUCCGUUGACGGUAAGGCAGACUCUCAGAGGAACUCACUUGAUGACAGCUUUAAGAUGGAGCAGAGGCCCAACUCCAUGACUGGUCUGAUUCCAGCGUAUCCCGGAGACUCAGCAGCUCCCAUCCGGACGGCCAAAGCAGAGCGCAGGCAUCAGGAAAGAAUUAGGAUGCAGAGUCCUGAGCUGGCUGUGGCCCCUGACAGAGACCUGUCCCCCGCUGAGAAACGGGCUCUGGAGGCUGAGAAGAGAGCCAUGUGGAGAGCAGCACGGCCCUACGGCCUAGAGGAGGAUGUUAGGCAGUAUGAGCAGGACCUGGCUAAGAGGCUCUACCAGGCCCGAGUGAGGGCAUCUCAGGGCACGGCCGCGCCCCCCCAGCCCCCCACCACCUCCUCUGCCUCCUCUUCUGCAGCCUCGCAGCUCAGAAUGAAGUCACUGGAGCAGGAUGCACUAAAAGCUCAGAUGGUCAUUGCCAAGUCACGGGAUGUGAAGAAACGUGGAACAUUAGACCAGCUGACCGAGUCGCCCUCGCCUGCCCCCACACCCUCCCCCACGCCUAUGGAAGAAAUGAGUCCUCGUGGCCUAACCUCACCGGGCAGGCUGUCCCUGUCGUCAAAGAAGUUUGACUACCGACAGUUUGCUGCCAUUCCUUCUUCCAAACCCGUAUACGACAUCCAGUCCCCAGACGCAGCUGACGACAUGGGGGGUGUGGAUGAUGGCUCUGGCAGUCCAGGGCUCGCUGCAGGCCUGGAGCUCGAGGUUCCCACCCCACUCCCAACCACCUCGGCCCUGGAGGAGAUGGCCCUGUACAGCAACAAGCGCAAACUAAGGCAGGGUCGCCGCAGCCUGGAAACCGCCGUGCCCACGUAACAGCUCACACCGAGACAAGGAGCCCAAACACACAUUCUCACACACACUGUGGAAGACUGGUCACACCAAACACUACACCUAGUAGAGCUAGAUUUACUCGCAUAUGUAACCACUGCAAACUACAAAGCUGAUAGUUGCCACACAUUUAUAGCCUGCGUGCCAGUCUUGCCUUCACAGUCUGUAGAUGAAAUGGCAAGUUACACAACAGUCCCCUAAGGACCAGAGAGAGCAAGUGUGGUUUAGCUACUUACAGAUCGUUGUUUUUAUUUCACACUGUUUGCCUGGUAGAAGCUCAUCUAUUUUAAAAGGGAGGUGACCAAAGGUUUGUUUUUAUUUUUCUCACCUCCAAUAGUUUUGUUACAAAAUACUGGAAGAGAAAAAGAAAUGAAUUGUGGAUAAGUAACUUCUUAGAUGACAUGUUUAGGUUUACAGUGAAUAGGUUGUAAACUGUUUAAAGACUGGGUGGACAGGAGUGUACAUAUGAAAGGAUCGACGUCCUGCUACCUUCACAGUCAACAUGGCGAAGGCGUUUUAAAGAAACGAUGCACUGCCACAGCUUUUUAAAAGAAAAACAAAUCUUAACUUAUUGUUUGACUUUUAUUUUGAAGGCCUACUAUUUUAACAGUUAUUCAUGGUUCAAUGAUAACUGAGCCAUAUCAAAACAUCAGAACUAAAGCUUCUAACAUAUCAGUCACAUAUCAUAUCAUAGCAUUAGAUCUACCUUAUGUAAAUUCUAAUGUAUUUACAAAUUAGAUUUGAACACAACCAGGAGGCUCUGUCCUAAUUUCUAUUGUUACAUUCCCCUGUAGAGAGUCUGGCCACUCUGAGACGUCAUGUGACAUGCAUAUAAUAGUAUAUUACAUUAUCAACGGUACUUAACCUGUCCUGUUCAGGGGACUGUUUCAUUUUUCAGUGUGAAGGGUUUGCUUUAUCUGGAGCCAUUCCAGAGUGAUGUGAAGGUAGCAGGUGUCUUUAUUUUUCUGUUUAUGGGUAAUUUAAAUCUGAUGCCACUGAAAAUCAUUUAUUGUGUGAAUAAUGUACAAAUGCUGAACGGAAAGCAAACUUUGGGUGUGAAACUGAGCCAGUCUUGACCCAGACCAAGCGAGGGUCCAGACAGGCCUGGUAAUGGGAAGCUCUCUGCAUGUAUAUUGGUUUAUUAAUGGGAGAGGCACAAAUGAAUUGCAGUCUCUCAUUGAGACGCUCAGCUCCCAGCUUGACCUCCUGUCAGUCUAAGCAUCUGACAGGCCUUUUUGCAGAAUCACAGCAUAGUAGCAUUUGUGUUCAUGUAGGGGCUUCUAAUUAUGGCUUUCUGUGUUACUCGCAUUGACUGAAAUUCAGUUUGAUAAUGUUUGCAAUGGCUGAUAUCUUUAACUUACAGUAGAUGAGUCUUUUUCCAGCUGGGUUUCACUACAUUAUUAAUGCAGUGUUGAAUUUUUUUGUGUUCUCCUUGGGGGCUUUUACUUGCAAAUAGGUCAGAGGGAAAGGGUCAGAAGUCUUAGGGUCAAGGGUUAGAGCUCAUACAAGACUGUAACUAGUGAAUUUGUACAACCAAAGAAGUCUAUUUUGUGGUUCAGGAAUAAUAAAUUUUACUUUUCAUUUAAGAAACUGA